AUGGCUGCCGGGGGCGGGACGAGUGUUGGCGGGGCGUGUUUUCCUGGCGGAAUGGGGGCGGAUGGUGGUGUGCGUGAGGUUGCUGACGGGUCUGGGGGUGUGGGUGACGUUGAAGAUGGCGACGAGUUCGACUUGGAGGGCAAAGGGCGAGCGGCAGCGGUGGCAGUCGCAGUAAUCAUCGUCGUUGUUGGGCUGCGGGGGCGGCCCUCGUCGACCGAUAGCUCUUCUUUGGCACGCUCUUGAGGGUACGCAUGCACAGAGAGGCGACAUGUAUUCGGGCGUGGAGAAGUGUGUGUGUGUGUGUGUAUACGCGUGUUGUGCGCGGUGCAGGUGUGUUUGGGUUACAGCUACCUGUGCAUCUGCACGUUCAUCGAGUCGUGCGUUUUCUUCCUAGCGUCCAUCUUCCUCAAAAGACACAUCUGACGAACAAGGCGUUCUGCGUGCCGCCGACAUUCCUUUGGUAGCCAUUGACCCCCGAGAGCAUCCAACAAACCCUCCACACGCUGGCCCUCCCCCCGGCCAGUCGCUCUCUUUCGAUCCAGCCUUCUUCGGCAUCCCGCAAGCCGUCCAGAACGCCCAUGCAGCGCUGCUCUUGGCCCCCC